AUGCAUGGACCAUGGACCGGACGACUGAAAGUAGGUCCUAGCUUGACUCCCACCUUUCCUAAAACCAACGUUUGCGACAGGACCCAGCCUUUCCAUCGUAAGGAUCGCACGGUCAUCAACUGCAAGACUUACAGAUACUCUACCUUUACCAAUAGGCGACUCGACACGAAUGAACGACCGCGAGCACACGCGGCGCAUUUGAGAAUCACAUCCUCCCACGUACCAACACCUCAGUCGCAUCGUAUCGCAUCGCAUCGCAUCAAAAAGCUUUACGCCGCACCACUCUCGUCCUCACCCAAGGCAAUGCUGCUUCCCUCUGCUCUUCCCAUCGAUACAUUUCAUCAAUCCCAUAGACCUGUGUGCAUCUCCACGCCUCCUCCAUGCAAUCCCGGUGGCUUCAGCUCUCUCUCCAGCUGCCGCGCUUUACAAGCCAUCUUGGGCAGCAGGCCAGCGUCUCCCUUGUCAUUCAUACUCUCGACUGCGCCAAAGCCAAUCAAGGAGAAGACAGCCAGUUAUGGCACAAGGAAUGAACAAUUACAGCGGCCUCCGCUUCAACCUCUCACACCAAAUAUAAAGGUCCCUACGAGAUCGGAUAUACAACCACAUGAGAUGAAGAGGCCACCAGUCUCCGAGCCGUGCAGAACCAGAAAGCGAACCCGUGCAGACUUCGAGACACCAGAUGAAAACAAUCGAAUUCCCAAUUUCAAAAGCGAGAGCAAGAGCAAGAGCGGCAAAAUAGAUUCCAAUCACUUCUCCUUCCCUCACUCCAUGUCUACGACAACCUACCCACCACCACCACCGCUAUACAGAGACCAAAACCAAGACCAAGACCGCGACACCUUCUCAACACCCAAACGCCCCCGUCGCAUCCCCCUCCUCAUGCCUCUAGGCCUCAGCGCCUCGGAUUUUGAGGGUCUCGACCCUACACCCAAAGCCCAUUCCAAACCCGGUGUGGUGGAACACAACAUCCAUCUCCCUCCCACCACAGCUGCACAAGCCGCCUUCAUAACAGAUGAUGAAUGGUCCACAGCCGACGACCGUCUCCUCGUAUCCACCGUCCUCGACAAACUCAACCUCUCACGCAAGGUAUGGAAUGAGUGCGGCAGGGAAAACAUAGCCAAGGAUGGGGAUAGUCUGGGGAAGAGAUGGAGGGUCUUGGUGAGGGAUAGGGGUUGUGAGGCGGGAUUGAGGAGGGGCAGUGGUGGACGAUGUAGGGGGGAGCUGAGGGAGGACUGGAGGGCCUGA